ACUAAAUUUUGCCAACUUUCUGAUUUUGAACUACGUGACUUAAAAUCAAAAAUUAAAAACAAAAGGAUAAUAAUUUUCCGCCAAUAACCUGCUUUAAAAACAUUUAUCUUUUCUUCAUCUUGGCGAAAACGUGCAAAAGAUUUGGCGAGAAAAGGAAUCUUCAUAAAAUAAGAAGAUUUAAAAAAACUAAUAAGCAAAAAAGUGAACAAACUAAAUUGAACCAUAGCGGCAAAGCAACCUUUGCAAAAGUCGCACGAAUAGAGGGUGAGAUGAGUCUCGCUUUUUUUCCGCCCUGAAGGUAAAAAAGAGGCAUUUCAGUCUUCUAAGUACAAUCAGCCAAGAUUCGAUGGGCAUUCAUCUACUUUACUUAACAGUGCUGAUUGUUUUACAUUCUGCUUUGUCACGGCCAGAAGAGGAUGUAACUGAAUCGUCUGCAAAUGUGGGGGUUCCACCCCCUCUUCUCGCACCUCCUGACCCAGAUUUGCUUCUUCAAAGAUGUUACGGCCGAUGGGGAUGCUUUUCUAUUGGGGAACCAUUUCUUUCAAUCUAUCGUCCUGUCAAUCUCUUUCCCUUGCAUCCGGAUGUGUUGGAUGUAAAAUUUUUCUUGAAGACCCGAAACAAUCCCGAUCUUUUUGAGAGAUUACGUCCAGAAAGCAAUGACAGUUUCACGCAACGGUAUUUUGACCCGAAGCAGCAAGUGAAGUUUAUCAUUCACGGAUACUUGGAGCAUGCGCAUCAGAAAUGGAUUCAGGAUAUGAUCCGGGAAUUGUUGACGAAAGAUGAUUUCAAUGUUAUAUCAGUGGACUGGGUUUUUGGGGCUGCUCCUCCGUACACGCAAGCUGUAGCAAAUGCUCGAAUGGUAGGGGUCAUUUUAGCUGACUUCAUUGAAAUUUUACAAGAUGUGUACUCCAUACCAUUAACUUCCAUGCACUUGAUUGGUCACAGUUUAGGAGCCCAUGUUGCUGGUUAUGCUGGAGAAAGGUUAAAAAGACUUGGAAGAAUUACAGGUCUAGAUCCUGCAGAACCAUACUUCCAAUACACAUUGGAGGACGUCAGAUUGGAUCCAAGUGAUGCUUAUUUUGUAGAUGUCAUUCAUACUGAUGGUGGAAGUUUCAUUACUGGAGGUUUGGGUAUGAUUCAAGAUUGUGGUCAUGUUGAUUUUUAUCCCAACGGAGGAAAGAGACAGCCUGGUUGCAAUCAAAACGUUGUUGGAGCCAUAGGCAAGGAAGGCGGAGAUCUUCUUCAUGGCAUACGGCGUUUCAUUGGUUGCAAUCACAUUCGUGCUUACGAGUUCUUUACCGAAUCUGUAAAUUCUGAUUGUCCUUUCUAUGGAUAUGUUUGUGACACGUAUGAUAAUUUCUCAGUGGGCAAGUGUCCAUGGGGUUGUGGACCUGACCAAUCACUAUGCGCACCUAUGGGUCUUCGAGCUGAUAAAUGGAAAAAAUUCAAAACAGAAGAAUCUGUCAAGAUGUUCUUACACACCAGUAAUACUGAACCAUUUUGUCGCCAUCAUUACAUCAUUAACUUGCGAUGUUCUCUGGGAGAAGAAGCCAGGAUGCAUACGACAGAGAAAGGCAGACUUUUUGUUCGAUUAACAGGAACCAAAGCACAAUCUCCUGUUUUAGAAGCGAAAAAAGAGUACGUUCAAUUUUUUCCGGGAGCAGCGAUUGAGUUUUUGGUUUCCACAACUCAGAUGGGACGACUUUUGAGGCUGGACCUUGAAUGGCGUUCCACCGCAUCCCUUCUCAACCCCCUCACCUGGAGAUUGUUCAAUGUCCCACAAGUUUAUGUUCAUGACGUGAUUGUUACCCACCUAGAAACAGGGGAAAGGGUAAUAUUUUGCGGAAAGGAUGAAGCUUUAAUACCUCAUAAAAUUAAAACAAUUUUUGCCAACCAAAGCUGCUUGAGGCAUCCAACACAAGCUGAUGAUAAAAAGAAAAAGAAAACAGCUGAAUCUCCCCACAAUUAUCGUGAAGGAAGAUAUUUUUAGGAGAAAGAAACAUUUUACUGCACAAUCUUAUUUAUUUUAUUUAUUAAAUGUG